AUGGCAAAAGUCUCUCACCGGAGCAAGAAUACAAUCGUCGACGACGACGAAAUCGUCGAUAAAACAGCGUCUGCAUCCGUUGUCUUCAAAGCCAAACGCAAACGCAAGUCGCCGCCUCAAAACUCUCCUCCUCAACGCAGCUCCUCCUAUAGAGGCGUCACAAGGCAUAGAUGGACAGGGAGAUAUGAAGCGCAUUUGUGGGAUAAGAACAGUUGGAACGAGACACAGACCAAGAAAGGAAGACAAGGGGCUUAUGACGAAGAAGAAGCAGCAGCACGUGCUUAUGACUUAGCUGCAUUGAAGUAUUGGGGACGAGACACACUCUUGAACUUCCCUUUGUCUAAUUAUGAAGAGGACGUCAAAGAAAUGGAAGGCUAUUCCAAGGAAGAGUACAUCGGAUCAUUGAGAAGAAAAAGUAGUGGAUUUUCUCGUGGUGUAUCAAAAUAUAGAGGCGUUGCAAGGCAUCACCAUAAUGGGAGAUGGGAAGCUCGAAUUGGAAGGGUGUUUGGUAAUAAAUAUCUAUACCUUGGAACAUACGCUACGCAAGAAGAAGCAGCCAGAGCAUACGACAUAGCGGCAAUAGAGUACCGUGGACUUAACGCCGUUACCAACUUUGACAUCAGCCGUUAUCUUAAUUUGCCGGCACCGGAAAACUCUAGCUCCGCCGCAAAUCAUCUCGGAUCACCAGAUGAUCAAACUUCGUCAGAAGAUAGCGACUUUCCGAAAACAGAGGAGCCAUCUACGCCGCCGGAAACUAUUCCACUUCGCCGGAGCUUUCCCGACGAUAUACAGACGUAUUUUGGGUGUCAAGAUUCCGGCAAGUUAGCGACGGAGGAAGACGUUAUUUUCGGUGGUUUCAAUUCUUUCAUAAAUCCUGGUUUCUAUACCGAGUUUGAUUAUGGACCUUGA